AUGUGUGGAAUCAUCGCUCUAAUCUUGGCCAACCCCUCCGGCGCUGCCGCCGUGGACCUCCACGAGGCCCUGUACCUGCUUCAACAUCGUGGUCAGGAUGCCGCUGGUAUCGCGACCUGCGCGUCCGGGGGUCGGAUGUACCAAUUGAAGGCAAACGGCAUGGCAGCUAAGGUCUUCCAUGACGGUGCUAAGGUUGCCAACCUGCCUGGAUCUAUGGGUAUCGGCCACCUUCGCUACCCGACUGCCGGUAGCAGUGCCAAUGCCGAAGCUCAGCCCUUCUACGUCAACAGCCCCUACGGUAUCUGCUUGGCCCACAACGGUAACCUCAUCAAUGCUCCCGAAUUGAAGCGCUACCUGGACCUGGAAGCCCACCGUCACAUCAACACCGAUAGCGACAGCGAGCUUAUGCUGAACAUCUUCGCCGAUGAGCUGAGCGAGACAAAGAAGGCUCGUGUCAACCAGGAGGAUCUCUUCUCCUCCCUGAGCCGUAUGUAUGAGCGCUGUGAAGGCGGUUGGGCAUGCACUGCAAUGCUGGCUGGCUUUGGUAUUCUGGGUUUCCGUGACACCUACGGCAUUCGACCCUUGGUUCUGGGCUCCCGUCCUUCUCUGGAUGGCAAAGGUACCGAUUACAUGAUGGCUUCUGAGUCUGUUGCCCUGGAUCAGCUUGGCUUCUCGAACCACCGUGACAUUCAGCCCGGUGAGGCUGUCAUCAUUGAGAAGGGUGGUGAACCUGUCUUCCGCCAGGUUGCCCCCAAGAAGGACUACGCUCCCGACAUCUUCGAGUAUGUCUACUUUGCCCGUCCCGACUCUGUCAUGGACGGUAUCAGUGUUUAUCGCAGUCGCCAGCGCAUGGGUGACAAGCUUGGUGCCCGUAUUCUCGAAGUCCUGGGCCCCGAUGUCGUCAAGGACAUUGACGUGGUCAUUCCCAUUCCUGAGACCUCCACUACUUCCGCCACACACGUUGCUCAGUUCCUGGACAAGCCGUACUGCCAGGGCUUCGUGAAGAACCGCUACGUCUUCCGCACUUUCAUCAUGCCCGAGCAGAAGACCCGGCAAAAGGGUGUUCGCCGCAAGCUGAACGCCAUGAAACAGGAGUUCAAGGACCGCAACGUCCUGCUUGUCGACGAUAGCAUUGUGCGUGGAACCACGAGCCGUGAGAUCGUGAGCAUGGCUCGUGAGGCUGGUGCCAAGAAGGUCUAUCUGGCAAGCUGUGCCCCUGAGAUCACCCACGCUCACAUUUACGGUAUCGAUCUCGCUUCGCCCAGCGAACUAGUUGCCCACAACCGGGACACUACUGCCAUUGCCCACCACAUCGGUGCCGAGAGCGUCAUUUUCCAGACCUUGGAAGAUCUUAAGGAGUCCUGUGCCGAGAUCGCACGCGAGAAUGGCCAGUCGGAGCCCACCAACUUCGAGGUCGGUGUGUUCUGUGGCAGUUACGUGACCCCCGUGCGUCCCGGCUACUUUGAACACCUUGAGCAAGUCCGCGGCGAGGGUCGCAAGAUCAAGGUCGUCGACAAGGCCAAGGAUAAUGUUACCCAUGGUGUCGCCGACAUGAACGACUUCAAAAUCGUUGCCAACGGUGUCACCGUGGACACCAACGGCAAGAUCAUCCCCGCUGAGUCCCCCCAGCCCGUCCAGAAGUCCGAGAGCGAGUCCCACCCCAAGGUCGAUGAUCGUAUGGACAUCAGCAUCCACAACAUCGGCGAUCACCCUUGA